AGCCUGCCUACCUUCGGGUUCCUGCUGGACAUCGACGGAGUGCUGGUGCGGGGCCACCGAGUGAUCCCAGCCGCUCUGGAAGCGUUUCACAGGCUGCUGAACCCUCAGGGCCAGUUACGGGUGCCUGUGGUUUUCGUCACAAAUGCUGGGAAUGUCCUGCAACACAGAAAAGCCCAGGAGCUGUCAGCCCUGCUGGGGUGCAAGGCAAGGAGACAAGCAGAGGUGGAGCCAGACCAGGUGAUCCUCUCUCACAGCCCCCUGAAGCUGUUUGCUCAGUACCAUGACAAGCGGAUGCUGGUGUCCGGGCAGGGCCCCGUGGUGGAGAACGCCCGAGCCCUGGGCUUCCGGAACGUGGUUACCGUGGAGGAGCUGCGGAUGGCCUUCCCUGUGCUGGACAUGGUGGAUCUUGAGCGGCGGCCGACAGCCACGCCCCUGCUGAGGAGUGACUUCCCAGCCAUUGAAGGGGUGCUGCUCCUUGGCGAGCCAGUGCGAUGGGAGACCAGCCUGCAGCUGAUCGUGGACGUGCUCCUCAGCAACGGGAACCCUGGCACCGGCCUGGCGACCGCGCCCUAUCCCCACCUCCCGGUCCUGGCCAGCAACAUGGAUCUUCUUUGGAUGGCUGAGGCCAAGAUGCCCAGGUUUGGCCACGGCACCUUUCUGCUGUGCCUGGAAGCCAUCUACCAGAAGCUGACGGGGAAGGAGCUGCACUACGAGGCCCUGAUGGGAAAGCCCAGCCUGCUCACCUACCGGUACGCGGAGCAGCUGAUCCGGCAGCAGGCGGAGAGGCGAGGCUGGACCGCCCCCAUCCGGAGGCUGUACGCGGUGGGUGAUAAUCCCAUGUCGGAUGUCUAUGGAGCCAACCUGUUCCACCAGUACCUGCAGAUGGCGGAGCGCGGCGUGCAGGCCGAGCGGCAAGGGGCUGGCGGCCCGCAGAAGCAGUGGCCCUCCGCCACCCGGAGCUGCGUCUCCAUCCUGGUGUGCACCGGCGUGCACCGUCCCGGGGAGCCCGGCUCUAGGGAGCAGCCGUUCCAUGGGCACCGGGAUUUCGGCUUCAGCCCUGCGCUCCUGCAGGCAUCCCACGUGGUGAGCGACGUGCACGCGGCCGUGCGGCUGGCGUUCCGCGAGGAGGGCUGGCCGUGGUAGUGCCGGCGCGGGGACCUGUGUGCUGGCACCUGGCCCAGGCCGAUCCCCGUGCCCCAGGCUGGGGUGUCAUGGGCCAAGAAGAUGUCUUUAUUCUUCUGAUGAGCGCUGGCCACGGAAAUGUCCCCGGGGCCGCAUUUCCUGUGGAGCCCUUGUGAUUUCCAGCCCGAUUCCUGAGCGCCUCUCCUGGCAGGCUGACCACAGGCUGGCCCCUUUACCUCUGUGCCUCAGUUUCCCCCUCAGCAGGGCCUCCUGCAGAACGGGGAGGCCUGCGGGGUGGUGUGGAGCCACCGCCUGGCAGCAGGUGUGUAGCCAAGUCUCAUGUGCUGGUUUUCACUGUAUUUUAGGUUAUUGCCCAGAAAUUUGGGGCUUAUUUUUUUAAAUUAAAAUCAUCCUAAUAAAUACUCAUUGUGCUGCUCUUGUGAA